AUGGCCAAAGGCGCACGAGCAAGCAGCAAAAAGGCGAACCGCACCAAGCUUCGCGCCAAUGUAUUUGGCCCCGUAGAGCAGGCGCGCGCCGAGCGCCUGCACGCCAAACUUCUCGAGACGAUUGCGCAGCCCAAACCCGAAAAGACGGACAUGGAAACCGAAGAAACCAGCGCCGCCGACGAUGCCACCAAGGAGGAGGACUUGCCCAAAGGUUCGUCGCUACUCACUGUCCCCAUACCGCGCUCCCUCUCCGACCCCUCCUCCAUUGCCCUCGACUCAGCAGACGAAGACUGCCAGCUCAGAAAUCUGUGUUUCCACUUGGGCUUGUGCUCUGACAUCCUGGGCUUCACCAACCACGGCCAUCUCAAAUUCGCCUUUGACCCGCUUCCUCCGCACUGGCUGAAUAUGGACGUUGACGCUGCCGCCACCUCUGCAAAGAACUCGCGCAAGAACAAGGACAAGAGCCAGACCCGGAAACAACUUCGCCGCAGACCUCAGAACAGGGUCUCUUUCCCCGCCUCGCGAGGCAAGGGCGCGCUGAAGCCCUUUACCGGUGGACGCACCGGCGGACGUGUCGCGAAACGAAGAUCAUGA